GUUGAAAGUAAUGGUUGAAACAUUUUUGUUUGAUUUGAAUAAUUUUUUUUUUAGUAGAUUUUAGUAGAUAAGACUAUGGCAGCAUUAUACACUUCGGCUGUCAGAUUGGAAGUGUCAGGCAAAAAACGUAAACAUGGCGAGUGAUUCAGAUGAUUUUGACCAAAAUAUAGAAAAUCUCAAAGGAACUGUAAGGCAGUCUUUUGCCCGCAUAUACGCCAGCCUAAAAGCGAGGGAACUAAAAACUUUAAGACAACUGGAUGCUUUACGUAAACAAUGCCAAGACGACAAAGACUUCAUAAGGAAUUGUGUUCAGAACAUACAAAUUCGAUACGAUAACGAGUCCGCACUAUUAGAUAAUGUAAGUAAUUACGGUGUAAUCGAUUUCGAGAAGUUGAAUUUUGAUAGUAGCACUUUUUUACUAGAAGAUUACGUGAGCCCCAAUGAUGAUCACAUGUACUCGUAUAAGACCAUAGAAGAGGUGACGAAGGAUGACGAUAAUAUGGAACUAGAAGCCAUUGAAGAGGCUGCUUUAAAAGAGGUUACUAGGACCGAUCACUGUGUUUGUUUUGUCAAUAUAAGGAGUGAGGAUGUUGCAAAGAAGUUUCGGGAUCUAGAUGCGAGCGUAUCUCCAAUAAAAAACUGUGAUGUUAGUUUAAAUUCCUCUGAAAGUAUCGAAGUGGAAGUCGUUGAUGUACCCGAGGAGGAGAAAAGUGAAAGUUCUGAUAGUGACGUGAAGAAAAUACAACCCACGGAUGACUGGUUGAAUUCAAUAAAAAGCCAAACGGAAACCGAGCCAGUGCUAGCGGACGUAAUGGAACACAGCACUAUAACCUGUUCUUAGCAUCUACAGUCGGCAUUAGAGUAGGCCCUGUUUGAGUCUGUUACUUAAUUAGAUUUAAUAAAUUUUUAUAUUUUACAUAAAUUGGCAUGUUCAUAUUAAUUCGAUGUUGGUGCUGUCGUAACAUACUACCUCUAGUUAGCCUAAUAAUAUCCCAGUAGUUUUUCAUUGUUUUUAUGAUUCUUACUCGGUUGUUCUGUAAGCAUUUGUAGUUUUAUUAUGUCUUUGGAAUACCUACGUUUUUAAGUCUGAGCUAUUAGUAUUUACUUAAUAAUAUCUGGGCACUUAUUUUAUCUAUAAACUAUAUGUAAGUAUUUUUAUGAUUUAUGCUAGCAAGUAGUAAAUUUUUUAUUAAAUUGAGUAGCACUAUUUUAUGGAAAUGAAUAAUUUAAGUAUGAUAUAAAAUUCUAAAUAAAU